AGAAAAAGAAGAAAAGAGCACCUACAGCUCCCUAUGUUCUUGUUUUUGCUUUCUAUCUAAGCCCCUUUGUCACUUUUUCCACCCUCAUCUUGUCCCUUCAUAGAAAUUUGCAUUGUAGGAGCUUUCUCUCCCUUUACUUGUUAUUCUUGCCUUGCAUCCAUUGCUAAUCUACAAAACCAGCAGUGUUUUUCUAUUGCGCUCAUAUCUUCUGUCUAUUGUUAGAAAGAAAUUCCCACCACCAUCCAAAUCCAUACACUUGUGUUCAGGUAAUACUUUGUUUACUCUAUUUUCAUUUCACAAUUACAAGACACAAUUAUUACACAAACCCCUUGCAUUGUUUUGAGAAUUCUCACUGUAAGCUGCUAUAAAGGUUUUGGGGUUCUUCUGCAACUGUUUUGAAUGAUUUCAUUCUAUAUACCUGUUUAAGUAUCAUUUUUUGUUCUAAGAAUAUUCACUAGCUUAGCAGGAAGAAACCCUGAUGUUCAAAUUAUUAUUAAGUUAAAAAUUCUGUUUAAUUUCUUGAGCAUUAGUCAUGGCAACUCUAGGAAACCCGAAAGCUUGGGUACCAUAUAUGAGCAGCAAAGACUGUUCUCAAGGCUUUUGUAGCCCAAACUGCCCACAAUGGUGUUACAUCAUUUUCCCUCCUCCUCCUCCCUUUGAGUUCCCAGAAGACAAUUCCAGUACCCCGAAUUUCUCUCCUCUUGUUAUUGCCAUCAUUGGCAUAUUGGCAAGUGCUUUCCUUCUUGUAAGUUACUACACACUAAUUUCCAAGUAUUGUGGCAAAGUGGACUCAGCAACAAGAGAAGAGCAUGAUGACUCCAUUGAAGAAGAAUUGGAAGAAAAUCACAACCCGUCGCUCCAUGAACCAUGGAAUGUUGCAACUACUGGCUUAGACGAAGCUCUUAUAAAGUCUAUUACAGUAUGCAAGUACAAGAAGGAAGAAGGGUUGGUUGAAGGCAUUGAUUGCUCUGUUUGUCUCAGUGAGUUUCAAGAAGAUGAGAGCCUAAGGCUUUUGCCAAAGUGUAGCCAUGCUUUCCAUCUCCCAUGCAUUGAUAGAUGGCUCAAAUUCCACUCCAAUUGCCCUUUAUGUCGUGCUAAUAUAGUGUCUUUCAAUGCUGCACCGCUUCCAUUGCCUGCACCAGUGACAGAAACACCUUCAAGCAAUGAAACUCUGCCUGCAGCAACCCAACAGGCAAAUGAAAAUGAAGCACUUGCACAAGACAUAGAAAGCUGUGUUAGGGAAGAAGAAAUGAUGCAUGGUGAUGUUUUUCCAAAGACCCCAUUACGCGCUUUUAGUGAUUUGGGCAAUUCAGAAGAGAGAGAUACCAUAAUUGAGAUUAGAGAUAUUGCAGGACUUGAACAUGUUAGAAGAUCGUUUUCCAUGGAUCUUUCGUGCCAAAGCCGCCUUUCUGUUGCUGAUAUUUUGUACAUGAAUCAAGAUGAAGAUGUCCAAGUGGUGGAGUGCCCUGGAGAUGCUGGUUCAUCAAAACAAUUAGCAGGAGAAGCUGGCAAGUGUAGCCAUAAAAACAAGGCAUUGCAUUGUGCAAUGAGUCCUAUUGCAAUGAAGAGAUCAUUUUCAAGUGGCAGAGUCUUUCUGGCAAGGCAUGGGAGAAGACGGAACACAACUAUUCCUGUCUGAAAGAGGGGAAACAAAACAUGAAUUUUAGUAAAUUCAUGAUGAGACUAGAAAAUUUUUGGUGUGAGGAUAUAGAAAUUAGUUAUAAAUUAUCCUAUGUAGUGUCUGUCAGUGUGAGAAAUUAAUGUAGUUCUCGCUAAAAUGAGAGAUAGAUAUCUCAAUGUUUUGUUGACCUUUUCAGUUUCAACAA